UGCUCUGUUUCCUCACUUCUGCAAUUGCCAGGCCACAACACAGAGGCUGGAGCUGAGGCUUGGACCAGGAGGGACUCGCAGAGCCUACGGCUGAGCUCCUCCUAUAGGCAUAUUCAGCGCUCCAUGACCAGGUGACCCUUCCUGCCCAGAGCCAUGGAGCACAAUGGCUCCUUUCGUGUGGAUUCUGAGUUCCGAUACACGCUCUUUCCGAUUGUUUACAGUGUCAUCUUUAUACUGGGGGUGGUUGCCAACGGCUAUGUGCUGUGGGUCUUUGCUAACUUGUACCCUUCCAAGAAACUAAAUGAGAUAAAGAUCUUUAUGGUGAAUCUCACUAUGGCUGACCUGCUCUUCCUGGUCACCCUCCCACUGUGGAUUGUCUACUACUACAACGAGGGCGACUGGAUUCUACCCAACUUCCUGUGCAACGUGGCUGGCUGCCUCUUCUUCAUCAAUACCUACUGCAGUGUGGCCUUUUUGGGUGUCAUCACUUAUAAUCGCUACCAGGCAGUAGCCUAUCCCAUUAAGACUGCACAGGCCACCACCCGCAAGCGUGGCAUCUCUUUGUCCCUGAUCAUUUGGGUAUCCAUUGUGGCUACUGCCUCCUAUUUCCUGGCCACAGACUCCACCAACCUAGUGCCCAAUAAGGAUGGCUCAGGCAACAUCACCCGCUGCUUUGAGCAUUAUGAGCCAUACAGUGUGCCCAUCCUUGUUGUUCAUGUCUUCAUCGCCUUCUGCUUCUUCCUCGUCUUCUUCCUUAUCUUCUACUGCAACUUGGUCAUCAUCCACACGCUGCUCACGCAGCCCAUGCGGCAGCAGCGCAAAGCGGGGGUGAAGCGGAGGGCGCUGUGGAUGGUCUGCACGGUCUUGGCCGUAUUCAUCAUCUGUUUUGUGCCCCAUCACGUGGUCCAGCUGCCCUGGACCCUAGCAGAGUUGGGCUACCAGACCAACUUCCAUCAGGCUAUUAAUGAUGCCCAUCAAAUCACCCUCUGUCUCCUCAGCACCAACUGUGUCUUAGAUCCCGUUAUCUACUGUUUUCUUACCAAGAAGUUCCGAAAGCACCUCAGUGAGAAGUUUUACAGCAUGCGCAGUAGCCGGAAGUGCUCCAGAGCCACGAGUGACACGUGCACCGAGGUGAUAGUGCCAGCCAACCAGACUCCUAUCGUGCCGCUGAAAAAUUAAUCUCUGCUUAUUAAAGCCAGAUCCAGAGCCUUCUCUUCAAUGGACCUCACAGACGGAGCUAGGAGGUGAGAGGUUUCUGACCCUGGUGGACUCAAGUGCGGCAGUUACUUCCUCGCAGAGAGCCGGUUGCUGGAAAAUACAGAACCUGGGUGCUCCUUUUCACUAGUCUUUGGGUCAACGCUAGAGGACUGUGGCUGGCGGACUCACCCAGAGCUUCAGAUUGUGACAUCCCAGCUAGGGUCAGACCUUGGGGGGAAACGCUAAGCAGCUCAGUUCAUCCAACUGGGGCAGCAACUUAAGGUUUGGUCAGUGACUUCCGGGGGCUACAGGAAGAGGGGAGAUGGGUUGUGGGGAUUCGUCACUGAUUGUGUGGAAGAUCUUUGGGGAAGCAAUUACAUUUCGGAUGGCACCUUCCUUGGUCCAUCUAUAGGUACAAGGUCCUUGUGACCCUUCCUAGAGGAAGUGGUUUGGUGGUAUCUCUUGACUGACCCAAGUACCUGGCCUCAAAUGUAACCAGAGGAAAAAACACAGAAGUUGACCAGAAGCUAGGAUGUGAGUGUGUUUGCUGAGGCAGCUGAGUUUUGCCCAGGACUGAAUGAAUGCUGAAGGAAUGGAAGAGAGGUGGCUACCUCAGGACACUGCACUUUCCACUUCCAGCAGGCAGCUUCUUAUCGAGGUCUUCUGGCCACGUGGUAGUGAUUUUUUGACAAGUGUCUUAGUCUUAUCUCACUCGCUGUACCCAGCCUCCCUGUCAGAAACAACUCAAGGAGGGAGAGAUUUAUUUUGGCUCACAGUUUAGAAGACCUCAGUCCCUCAUGGCAAGGAAGGCAUGGUAUGGCAGCUCUGACUCUGGUGGUGGGAACAGGAGAUGGGGUGUUCAUGUGACAGUGAGCCAGGAACCAAAGACUGCACCUUAACCUGGGGAUGCGAUAGAACCCACCCCCAGCCACCGACUUCUACAGCCAGGUCCUACCUCCUGAAGGUUCCAUAGUCUCCCAACACAGAGAGCAGGACGCUGGGCCAGUGAGAUGGUAGUGCAAGGUAGCGAGCACUUGCAGCUAACACUGCUGAUCAGCGUUUGAUCCCAGGAGCCACAUGGUACAAAGAGAGAACAGACAGGCAAGUUGUCCUUCUACCUUUACUUUAAUACCAUGGCACACACAUGCCCCGCCUCCCCAUAUACAUAUACAUACAAAGUUAAUAGGAUAAAGCAAAACAAAUGUGACCCCCCAUGGGAAUAUACAUGAAAUAGCAGGUUUAUUCAAAAUAUGUCGGUUACAUGAGAUGCCCUCUGAGAAGUGUCCAGAAGCUGUAGUCUCAGCACUCGGAGGAUAUUUUCCUGUUUUCCUGAACCUUGUGCUUU